AUGACGAGUGGAAAGAGCAGGAGGGACAAGGGAAGGGACAAGGAUAAAGACAAGGACAAAGAUAAAGACAAGGACAAGGACAAGGACAAAGAUGAUGUGAGCCGUGUUGGGGAGGACGGGGAUGUGGCGGAAAUGGACAACGUGGAUGAUGAAGUGCCUGGCACACCCAAGACUGCGACGACAGCGCCGAUAAACACGAUCCCCAUCACAACACCAGGCAUGAUGGAGGACUCGGCGUUCGAGACAAAAGACGUGUUGUACCCAUUUGAUCCCACGCUGGCGAAGCUCGUCGUCUCCCAAUACGAAGGCGACACGGAGAACUCCUUGUAUCAUGGCAAGGGCAAGGCUACCUUCUCCACAGGCAACACCUACGAGGGUGACUUUGAUUCUGGUCUGUUGCACGGCAACGGGACAUUCUCGUGGGUGGAUGGUGUCACGUACACGGGCACCUUUGUGGACAACCUCAUCCAAGGCAGCGGCACUUACACAUGGCCGGACGGCAGCACCUACGUUGGGGAAGUAAACCGUGGGUUGAGGCACGGCCAGGGAACGUUGUCGCUUGCGUCUGGUGCGAUAUACCAAGGGCAGUGGCACAACAGUCUGCGCCACGGAACGGGGCGGCUUGACUAUGGAAAUGGCCAGGUGUACGAGGGAGAGUGGGUGAACAACAGGCCCUGUGGUCGCGGCAAAAUGGUGUACCCGUCCGGCAGCGUGUAUGAGGGCGAGUGGGAGAACGGUAUCAAGAGCGGCCGCGGCAAAAUGAUCUGGACCAACAAGAACGAGGAGUAUGAUGGUGCGUGGGCGAACAACGCCCCCCACGGCACUGGCCGGUACACGUGGAUACAGGAGCGGAUUGAUGGCUCGCAGUACGUGUGCCGCAACAGUUACGAGGGACACUUUGAGCACGGCAGACGUCACGGGCAGGGCACUUUCUUCUUCGCAGAUGGUGCCAUUCUUCAGGGCACGUGGCACUACAACACAAAGCACGGCACGCACACGAUGACGUUUCCAAACGGCGUUCAGCGGCGCCUUGAAUUCAAGGAUGAUCGCCUGACGUCAGAGCUUGAUGAAGAGUGCUAUGCAACCUUCAUUCCUGCAUUUGAAGACUUGCAUGGCGAAGACAACGCAUUUGGCGACCAGCAGAUCACGAAUGUUGUGCUGCAGAACAUGAGCCUGCUGCGUCGCGUGUACCAUUUCUACUCCAAGAUUGCCGUGCCUGUCGCAUGCGAUAAUGUCUACAUUCUCAAACGCUUCCAACUCCACCAAGUGUUUCUCGACUGUCAGCUGCAGCGCCACAAAGUCACAAUGGCCGCACUGCAGACUGCUCUCGGCGAUGUGGAGUGGCCGUGGCGAGCGGAGCAGCGCGAACAGGAUAAGCUGUUGCCACGCCACUUUCUCUCCAUGCUCGUGCGUGCCAGCUUCCAUCUGUACAGCAGCCGCUUCAAGGGCUCUGCUGCUGCGCUUGCUGACUGCUUCAGUCGAUUCCUCACAGAGGACCUCUUCCCUCGCGCCUGCACUAUUCAAGGCCUCGCACUGAACACGAGCGUGAAGCAGCAGCUGUUCCGAAACCACUGGGAUCCUCUUCACGACGUGGUUUACGGCCUGUCGUCCCUCGAUAUGGCUGCGGCUGAUGCUUGUGUGACUGUUCGCACGCUCCUGCACUCGUGCCGUCGCAACCACGUGCUUGGUCGCCUGCUCACCUUCACCGACCUGCUGGAGGACCUUCAUCCGCCCAUUUGCGAACACUUCAACACCAAACACCAGCUGUCGUAUGUGGAGUGUGCAGGUGUUGUGAUGGGCAUGGCGGAGCACGCGUACUUGGCGCUACGGCAUGAGCGCGCUGAACAGGAGGAAACACGUGCACUGGAAGCAUUGCAACAGCAGCAAACCAAAGGCGGUGCGUCGCAAGGUGAUGGAACACAGGACGGCACAGACCACGAUCGUGCACAGCAAGAACAACAACGCAGUGGCGAUGCUGAGGUAACCUCGGACGCACAACAAAGCCAACAUCCGCAUGAUGAUGGUGUCCAAGGAGAGGCGGGAGCGAGCUCGGGUCACAACACUUCGAGCACAUCCACGCAAGCAGCAGCGAAAGCAACCAGCGACGGCCCGGCAGCAACGCAGACAGACCGCCCAUUGUCGUCAUCAUCAACAGCACCCGCUGCGCCCAAUAGCACCAGCAACGGUGGCAGUGGCGGCGGCACGGACAACAACGGCAGCAGCGUGGCGAAUGCAGCGACCACGUCCACGACCAACCAUGGUGCAGUCGCAACAACAAGCAGUAACAGUGGUAGUGGUGGUGGUGGCGGCGGUGGUGGUGGGCAGCACCGUAGCAGCAACGCGGCCGUGGACAGCACGAGCACAGGCCACAAUAACCCCGCCACCAACAACGACAACAACACCAGCAGCAUCGGUCGUGCAUCUGCGCUUGGUGGCACUGGGCGGAGUGCAUCAAAUCAGCAGCUUGGACGUGGUGGCGGUGGCGCAGCGAGCACGGGUCACACGUCGCCGCAGCCCACAGGAACAGGCACGAAGCAUGGCUCUGGGCAGUCGAAGGAGCACAGCGAGCCUCCCAUCUCGGAAAGCCCCCUCAUCUUUGUCGAUUCAAACGACGUGACUGAGCCCCACCCAACACACGGCGCCCAGCACUGGGUGACACCAGACCUCGACACCACAUUGCGCAACCUGUGUCGAUCGCUGACGGGCCGCUCGCGAUGGCUCGACUCGCAGGAGCGAUAG